AUGGAGAUGGAAAGAUUGAGUGCCAUUAAUUAUGCCAGUUGGAAGUGGAGAAUGAAAGCAGUUCUGGUCAAAGAAGAUUUGUAUGACAUGAUAGAAAAUCCCCCUCCGGCCGCUCCAUCAGCAGCGUGGACGAAGAAAGACGAGAAAGCGAAAGCAUUUAUUAUUCUAGGGCUGUCUGAUACUCAACUGCUACACGGUGAUGUUGAAGCUGUUCCUGUUCAAUGUAUCUGCCACAAUGAAUGUAUCCAGCUGGGCACGAGAUUUGCUGGUAGCCAGAUGGACAUCAUUGCUGCUUCUCCUUUUGCUGCUGCAGCUGCCUCAGAUUGUCAGCAGGAAUGUGAACACUGGAUUUGGAAGAUGAAUUCCCUUAACUACAUCUGUGACAAGACAUUCAAGCUAAUGGCCAUCAUUGGUGGGCUCACACCUCAUAACUCCAAGCAGAUGCCCCACAUCUUAAAUAUCUACAAGAUGGCACAGCUCAGUUAUGGCUCCUUUGACCUUGCACUGAGUGAUAAAAAACAGUUCCCUUCUGUCUAUCGGAUGAUCCCAAAUGAAAGGCUUCAAUAUGCUGGAAUUGUCCAGCUGCUUCAGCAUUUUGGAUGGACCUGGAUUGGUCUUAUAGUUUCAGAUGAUGACAAUGGAGAAAUGUUAUUGAGGACUCUCAUUUCUUGGCUGCUGCAGAGCAAUAUUUGUAUUGCUUUUAAGGAAAUUAUUCCAACACUGAAGAAGACCUGGGAUGAAGCAUUGCACAUGAAUAAGAAAUUGGAAAGAAUAAGUUCAGUUCUCACAUCAAUAAAAGCCAACAUGAUUCUUGUUCAUGGGAAUUCACGGUCAAUGGAAGGCUUACGAAUGGUUCUGUCAAUACAUGAAAAUGUUGAAAUGAAUCCAGCAGAGAGGGUUUGGGUCAUAACAGCUCACUGGGAUUUUGCAUCUGUAUUUCAUAAUACUGUGUUCACACCAAAAUCCUUCAAUGGCACUUUGUCUUUCAUACUCCACACUAAUGAUGUGGCAGAAUACAAAGAGUUCCUUGAGACUUUAAAUCCAAAUCAAUCUCCGCUUUACUUCAUUCAUAAUUUCUGGUCCAGUGCAUUUAUGUGCUCUUUCCCCAAAUAUUAUCUUCAUAUGCCAGGAACAGGAAAUUGUACUGGGGAAGAGAAGUUGAGGAGCCUCCCUACAACUGUGUUUGAAAUGGGGAUGUCUGGUCAGAGUUAUAGUAUCUACAAUGCUGUUUAUGCUGUUGCACAUGCUCUCCAUGCCAUGCUGUCAUCAAGAUCUAAGCAUAGGGCAAUGGGAGAUAUAACCACACGGAAAUAUCUUGAUGUUCACCCGUGGCAGCUUCACUUCUUUCUGAAACACAUCUACUUCAACAAUAGUGCAGGUGAAGAGAUAUUUUUUGAUAAAAAUGGAGAGCUAGCAACUGGAUAUGAUAUCGUCAACACAAUCAUGUUCCCCAAUAAGUCCAUCUGUAGAGUCCGUGUUGGAAGGAUGGGCCAAUGGGCUCCUGAAGAAAAGCAGUUCACCAUCAAUGAAAGUGCUAUUGUAUGGAAUCAAAAGUUUAAACAGAUUCUACCCCAAUCCACAUGCGUUGAGAGUUGCAACCCUGGACAUAGCAAGAUUGUGCGUGAGGGGCAACAGAUUUGUUGUUAUGAUUGUCCUCAAUGCUCCGAAGGAAUGAUUUCAAACCUGACAGAUGCAGUCAACUGCAACAAGUGCCCUGAAGAUCAGCAUCCAAAUAAGAACCAGAAUCACUGCAUCCCCAAACUUAUUGUCUAUCUAUCAUAUGGCGAUCCCUUAGGAAUGAUUUUGGUUUCAUUUGCUCUUUUGCUUUCUCUGAUCACCCUGGUGGUAAUGUGGAUCUUCAUUCAACAUCAGAAUACUCCUAUUGUCAAGGCCAACAACUGGAACAUCACAUGCACCCUCCUCACUUCCCUCUUGCUUUGUUUUCUUUGCUCCUUCUUAUUCACUGGACGGCCUGGAAAGGUGACCUGCCUUCUCCGUCAAGCAGUGUUUGGCAUCAUCUUCUCCCUUGCUGUUUCUUGUGUGUUGGCUAAAACUAUCACUGUGGUUCUGGCCUUCAUGGCCACCAAGCCAGGAAACAGGAUAAGGAAAUGGGUAGGGAAGACAUUGACAGUGUCAGUCAUCAUCCUCUGUACUCUUAUUCAAACUGGCAUCUGUGUAGUAUGGCUGGCAACAUCGCCACCCUUCCCAGAGUUUGACAUGCACUCCCAGACUGACCAGAUUGUUAUGCAAUGCAAUGAGGGAUCAGCCCUGAUGUUUUAUACUGUCCUGGGGUACAUGGGGCUUCUGGCCAUUAUCAGCUUCAUUGUGGCCUUUUUUGCCAGGAAGCUGCCUGAUACUUUUAAUGAAGCAAAACUGAUCACCUUCAGCAUGUUGAUGUUUUGCAGUGUUUGGUUAUCCUUUGUCCCAACCUACCUGAGCACCAAAGGGAAAUACAUGGUGGCUGUGGAGAUCUUCUCCAUCUUGGCCUCUAGUGCUGGAUUGCUGGGUUGCAUCUUCCUCCCUAAAUUCUACAUUAUUAUACUGAGGCCUGAGCUAAACACCAGGGAUCAGCUCAUAAGGAAAAAAAAUUUGGCAUUUAAGUGA